AUGGCGGACCCUACGGGCGAAAUCGACCUUGACUCCGUUAUAGAUCGGUUACUGGAAGUACGCGGCAAUCGGCCUGGGAAAGCCGUCCAGCUACAGGAGUUUGAGAUCAAGUAUCUCUGCACUAAAGCACGGGAAAUUUUCAUUAAUCAGCCCAUCCUGUUGGAAUUGGAGGCCCCCAUAAAGAUUUGCGGCGAUAUACACGGACAGUAUUACGAUCUCCUUCGCUUGUUUGAAUAUGGCGGUUUCCCUCCGGAGGCCAACUACUUGUUCCUAGGUGAUUAUGUCGAUAGAGGGAAGCAGAGCUUGGAGACAAUAUGUCUGCUUCUUGCGUACAAGAUCAAAUAUCCGGAGAACUUUUUUAUCCUUCGCGGGAAUCAUGAGUGUGCAAGCAUCAACCGUAUAUACGGAUUCUAUGAUGAAUGUAAACGGCGGUACAAUAUCAAGCUGUGGAAAACUUUCACAGAUUGUUUUAACUGUUUGCCAAUUGCUGCUAUCAUAGACGAGAAAAUAUUCACCAUGCACGGAGGCCUGAGUCCUGAUUUGCAGAGCAUGGAGCAGAUACGUCGAGUCAUGCGACCGACGGACGUGCCUGACACUGGUCUCCUUUGUGAUCUUCUGUGGUCAGAUCCGGACAAAGACAUUACUGGGUGGAGCGAAAACGAUCGUGGUGUUUCUUUCACUUUCGGACCCGACGUUGUGUCGAGAUUCUUACAGAAGCACGACAUGGAUCUCAUCUGCAGAGCACACCAGGUUGUUGAGGAUGGAUACGAGUUCUUCGCAAAGCGGCAGCUGGUCACGCUCUUCUCAGCUCCAAAUUAUUGUGGCGAAUUUGAUAAUGCAGGGGCGAUGAUGAGUGUCGAUGAGACUUUGUUGUGCUCGUUCCAGAUUCUGAAACCUGCAGAGAAGAAAGCAAAGUACCCUUACGGUGGAAUGGGCGCUGGACGACAAAUGACACCACCUCGUAAACAAAAGAAGAAGGACGGCAAGUUGGGCCAGUGCCAAGGGAUGGAUCGAUGGCACCCUGGAUGCAGCGAACGUUCGUGA